ACACGGAAGGACACGCCGCAAAACCCCCACCCGAACACACCCCUGCCCGUCGCCGUCACCCCCUCGCCGUCAGCGUCACCUAGGUUACCGCCCCUCCGGCGAUGUCGACGCCCUCCGACCCCGCCGCGUCCGUCCAACCCACCUCCACCGCGUCCACCGCCGCAUCCUCCAGCAGCGGCCUCACCUUCAAGCUCCACCCGCUCGUCAUCGUGAACGUCUCCGACCACCACACCCGCGUGAAGGCCCAGGCCGCCUGCUCCGGCGAGGGCUCCUCCGCGCAGAAGCAGGAGCCGCCGAGGGUGUUCGGGUGCGUGAUCGGGGUGCAGCGCGGCCGGACCGUCGAGAUCUUCAACAGCUUCGAGCUCGUCCUCGACCCCGUCACCGGCACGCUCGAGCGCGCCUUCCUCGAGAAGAAGCAGGAGCUCUAUAAGAAGGUGUUCCCUGAUUUCUAUGUGCUGGGAUGGUACUCAACUGGCAGCGAUGUGCAGGACUCCGACAUGCUAAUCCACAAGGCUCUGAUGGACAUUAACGAAAGCCCUGUUUACCUUCUCUUGAAUCCUGCAAUCAAUCACUCCCAGAAGGAUCUUCCUGUGACACUCAAUGAGAGUGAGUUGCAUGUUAUUGAUGGGAUUCCCCAGCUCAUCUUUGUCAGAUCAAACUACACGAUUGAGACCGUAGAGGCAGAGAGAAUAUCUGUAGAUCAUGUUGCCCAUCUCAAACCAUCUGAUGGUGGCUCUGCAGCAACUCAGUUGGCUGCUCAUCUUACAGGAAUACACAGUGCCAUCAAGAUGCUUAAUAGCAGGGUUCGUGUUAUCCAUCAAUACCUUGGCGCCAUGCAAAAAGGUGAUAUCCCGCUGGACAAUUCACUGCUUAGGCAAGUCUCAAGCCUAGUAAGAAGACUACCAGCUAUGGAAUCAGAAAAAUUCCAAGAUGAAUUCUUAACGGAAUACAAUGACACCCUCCUCAUGACUUACCUUGCAGUGUUUACUAACUGUUCAAGCACAAUGAAUGAGCUGGUUGAGAAGUUCAACACUACUUAUGAGAGAACCACUGCCAGGAGAGGAGGCCGAGGAGCUUUCAUGUGAUCUUUUCCUGCGGUGGCUUCCGCUGCUGGUUAUCCGCUGAGAUUUUGGAAAUAGCUUCCCAUAUGUAGGCGCAGUUUUUGCAUAUGAUCUGUUAGGCACUCUGUCGGCUGCAUUCGAGAUGUUUCUAGCUUCCUAUGCUCUCUUGAUCGGGUAAAUGGGUAAAUGACAUGCUGAUAUUGUUGGUUCUGUGCCUAGUUGAAUCGUGAUUAUCUCUCGUGCCGAAUUUGACGUGUAGAGUUGAUGACUUGAUGCGGGACGUCCUUGUGAGCUCUGGACGUUUUUUACCGCACAUGGAGGUGGGCUUCAUCUGAA